AAAUGCACCAUCAGCGCUUUCAAUUUGUCUCACACUUUCCUAAUUGCUCAUUAUACAACACUCAAUUCCCCAAAAUUGCAAGGGAAUUGGACUGCUGCACAAAUGAACAAUAAAUAAGGCAACAAAUGAGACAUUCAUUAAGCACAAACUGUACAACUAACAUGACAAAUCCAUUUAUUAUAGUGGAACAUUUCUCCCAUAGUAUGAUGCAGCAAAUAUUUACAUUAAAUAUAUAUACUUUGCAGGAAUAAGGUACAAUUGACUUAAACAAAACAGUAACAAUACCUUAUCCUCAUAUUUGAACAUGCUCCAACAUUAUUACUUUAAUAUAUUAUUAUGAUAUUUGACUUCUUUCUCUGCACCGAGCAUGACAACAAAUGCAUGGAUGAGAUAUGAAAUAUUGUGGUCAGCAUCGGUGCGGUAGAACAUUCUAAUGGGAGUAGCUAUUGGAAAUCAAUGCAUGUACACUUGUACAUUAGUGCACGCCUCUGUGGCGCGUGUACAUGCACAUUUUACACACACGUUUAAAAAAAAGCACGUUUUUGUAAAACAAAAUAAUAAAAUCUUUGUCUCCAUAGAAAAAUGCAAAGAUUCAUAAUAGAUACUGUUACACAGGACGCAUGAUUACUGUAAAGUCAGUUUGCAUGAAUGUGUUGAAUACAAAAGCCUUUACGUUUAUUUUUCAGUUGCACACUUGCUGUUUUAUUACUGGAAUGCAUGUAAAACACGAGCGCUGAUGUAACUAAACUACCAUAUUCGCUGCAAACCGCCAUUAUAAACAUUUUUACCUCUCUGGCGGUUUCUAUUAACGGUGAGCAUUGUUUAUUUUAUGUCUUAAUGUACAAUUUAUUACGGCACAGAUGAAGUAUAGCGUAAAAAUAUUUUAUUAUUUUCAAAAAGGUGCUGCAUACGUGUGAGGUAUAGUAAAAAAAUAAUAUAUAUUAACAUAUAUAUUUAUAUAAAAAUACAUACACCAACAGAAACCUGAAAAAAUUGUAUUACAGUAUAAUUUUAUUGAACGUAGCAGUAAAGUUGUAAGUCGACAGGUGUCAGGUUGUGGUGCGUUCAGGGUAUCCGAAGUGAAUUGUACAUUUGAGAAGCCAUGCUUAGCGCCUGUUAAAAACCGUCUUUGCCUUGUCAAGUACAAGUUGUCAUGUGACCUGUCAUGCGUGAUCUGUCAUGCGUGCCCUGCUGCCAACACACGACGUGUGCUAUUCAAGUUGACUGUGGAAUACACGUACACGAAACAAAACCACGCUCCCUAUUUACGCGCCCUGACGUCAUGACGUCAUCCCCGUUUGGUUUCCCCCGCCUCGCCAUUACCCGGCAGACAUGAGCACAUUGAGCUCGACGGACCAGGAUGGGCAGCCGGCCGACAGUGGCAGGGAGCCCGACAGAAUGUUCCGUUCCGACAGGUAUGCAGGGCUUGAAAGAAGCCAUUCAUUGAUUGUCCAUGGCGUCGCAGACCAGGAAGUCCUUGCUUGUUAGCUGGUGUUUCUGCUACGUGAUGACAGCCUUACUCAUGCGAUGGCGGCCCCGCACGUCAGCUGCCUCCAUCGGGCAUCGUUGCGUAUUCCUGGGGAGGGUCGGCAUCUCUCACCGCCCUCCCCCUCAAGCGCACCGACAGCAGAGCAGAGCCACUGUGGGGGUUGGAGGGGGAUCCUAAACGAGAGUGGAGAAGAUUCCUUGCAUGGCCUCCCAAACUGUAUCCCUCGAUGCCCAUUGACCCCAUCCUUGUCGCCACAAAAACGAAGCACGAGCCAAUCCAAGACAGAGCCCCCGCUGCUGAGGACCAACAAAAGGACCAUCUACACAGCUGGGCGGCCCCCCUGGUACAAUGUUACCGGGACCACCUUCAAGGAGGCCUUCGUCAUCGGUCUGUGCGGAGGAAGCGCUUCGGGAAAAACCACAGUCGCCAAUAAGAUCAUUGAGGCGCUGGAUGUUCCCUGGGUGGUUCUUCUCUCCAUGGACUCCUUCUACAAGGUGCUGGAUGAAGACCAGCAGGAGCUGGCGGCAAAGAACGAGUACAACUUCGACCACCCCGAUGCCUUCGACUUUGAGCUGCUGGUCAGUGUCCUCCGCAAACUGAAGAAAGGAAAAAGCAUCAAAGUUCCCGUCUACGACUUCACGUCUCACUGCAGACGCAAAGAAUGGAAAACUGUAUAUGGGGCCAAUGUUGUCAUCUUUGAGGGCAUCCUGGCCUUUGCCAACAAGGAGCUGCUGAAGCUACUGGAUAUGAAGGUGUUUGUGGACACGGACUCGGACAUUCGGCUCAUCCGCAGGCUGAAGAGGGACGUUUCUCAGCGUGGGCGGGACAUCGGCGGCAUCAUCAAGCAGUACAACAAGUUUGUCAAGCCGGCCUUCGAGCAGUACAUUGAACCCACCGUGCCACUGGCAGACAUCGUGGUGCCCAGAGGUGGAGACAACUUUGUGGCGUUGGAUCUGAUCGUUCAGCAUGUUCACAGUCAGCUGGAGAAGCGCGAGAUCAAUGUGAGGUCGGCACUGGCCUCGGCCCACCAGGGUCAACCUUUACCCGAGACCCUGAGCGUCCUGAAGAGCACGCCGCAGGUGCGCGGCAUGCAUACCAUCAUCAGGAACAAGGAGACAAGCCGUGACGAGUUCAUCUUCUACUCCAAAAGAUUAAUGAGGCUCCUGAUUGAACACGCCCUCUCCUUCCUGCCCCUCAAGCCCGUAUCUGUGGAGACGCCGCAGGGUGAUGUCUACGAUGGCAGGGGGCUGAACGGUAAAAGAAUCACAGGCGUGUCCAUACUGAGAGCAGGAGAGACCAUGGAGCAAGCGCUCAUGGCCGUGUGCAAAGACAUCCGACUGGGAAAAAUCCUCAUCCAGACCAACCACGACACAGGUGAACCCGAGCUGCACUACCUGCGACUGCCCAAAGACAUCAGCGAGGACUACGUCAUCCUGAUGGACAGCACCGUGUCCACAGGCGCUGCUGCUCUCAUGGCCGUCAGAGUGCUGCUGGACCACGACGUGCCGGAGGACAAGAUCUUCCUGUUGUCGUUGCUGAUGGCAGAGAUGGGCGUCCACUCGGUGGCCUACGCCUUCCCCAACGUGAGAAUCAUCACCACUGCCGUGGACAAGGAAGUCAACGAGCACUUCCACAUCAUCCCGGGCAUCGGUAAUUUUGGCGACCGUUACUUCGGCACAGACGCACCGUCGGACUGGUGUGAAAGUGACGACAGCGUGGAUUUUUGAUGAGACACGUGUGUCUCUAGGAACGCUUUGUGCGUGGACAUGAGGUCAGAGGGCUCCUUGUUGCCCCGUCCUGUGUGCUGCUUGGGCACAAACACAUGUGCCACCAAAUACUUGAUGACUUUGCAUCAGCACUAAAGAGAGCAUUUGUGUUUUUAUCACUUUUUAAACCUCAGUGACACUUCUCUCCUAUAGGGAGAACCCACAGCUCUUAUUUCAUUCCUUCUAAGGAGAGAUUGACUUGAAUCCUUGUUUAUUUGUUGUCUUGUGUACAAGUUUGUAUGACAAUGUUGUUCCAACUUUCCAUAAAAUGACAAUUGUUCAUACUUGAAGUGCAAGACAGACCAAAUUGCUUGUUAAUGUGCAGUGUGAGUUUUCUGCUUUAUUCUUGUGUAUACUUGGCAACACUACCUUUUUCGAAUAUUGUCGAAAUAUAUUGCCAGUAGUUUAAGCAGCUGCUCAUGUCUGUGUUUAGUUCUGACUUUGUUGCCUGGUGUCAUGGAGACGAAGUUGGGGGGGAAAAGUGUACUAAUACCUCAUCUAUAGAAUUUUCUCUUAUCUUGAUUGAAAACAAAAACGGAACCACGUGGAGCGCCAACUUGUUAGCUGUCAUUUUGGAUGUUUUUAUUUAUUUUAUAGUUGUAAACGGCAUUACAGUUUCUUAUACAAAGAAAUCCUACAUUUUUACUUCACUAAAGUGAGAACAUGUAGUUCUCUGCUCCACAGAACCACUUCAAGGUAAUGCCGUCAUUAUCAUUUGAAGUAAAUUUUGUAGUAUUUUGCUGUAAAAAUGUUUUUUUUUUUUUAUUGUCCUCUAAACAUGCUCAGAAUAAAAUGUAACAUUUCACUUUAUGCUACCUGAAGUGUUUGGGUUUGUCCGCUAGGGGGUGAAACUCGUCUUUCUUGUAGAGCGGAAAUGACGGAAGGUAAGUUCCAGUGAGGCCUUCACCGACUAUAGGAAUUAACUGGAGCGUGUGCCGUGCGGUAAACAGCCAGGUUA